GGGAGCCCCCGCUCUGCCCCGAGCACCGCGACGCCCUGCGCUCCGCGACCUCAGGGCCGCAGGAAACCCCCUGGCGGUACUGACCUGACCAGCUCAAGACAAAAGGAAGGAGGAACGUACUAAAAUGUCACCUGAAGUUGCCUUGAACAGAAUUUCUCCAGCGCUCUCGCCCUUCAUUUCCAGUGUGGUCAGAAAUGGAAAAGUAGGACUGGAUGCUACUAAUUGUUUACGGAUUACAGACUUGAAAUCUGGCUGUACGUCCCUGACCCCUGGACCCAGCUGUGAUCGGUUUAAGCUACACAUCCCUUAUGCUGGAGAAACACUCAAAUGGGAUAUAAUUUUCAAUGCACACUAUCCUGACCUGCCACCAGAUUUUAUCUUUGGAGAGGAUGCUGAAUUUUUGCCCGAUCCUUCUGCCUUGCAUAAUUUAGCUUCUUGGAAUCCUUCAAACCCUGAAUGCCUCCUGCUUGUUGUGAAAGAGCUUGUGCAGCAGUAUCACCAAUUUCAGUGUGGCCGAUUACGUGAGAGCUCUCGUCUCAUGUUUGAAUAUCAGACGUUACUUGAAGAGCCUCAAUAUGGAGAAAACAUGGAAAUCUAUGCUGGCAAAAAAAACAACUGGACUGGAGAAUUCUCAGCUCGCUUUCUCUUGAAGUUGCCUGUUGAUUUCAGCAAUAUUCCUACAUACCUUCUCAAGGAUGUGAAUGAAGAUCCUGGAGAAGAUGUUGCACUUCUCUCUGUUAGUUUUGAGGAUGCAGAAGCUACUCAGGUUUUUCCGAAGCUGUACCUCUCCCCACGUAUUGAACAUGCACUUGGAGGAUCAUCCGCCCUUCACAUCCCAGCCUUUCCUGGUGGAGGUUGUCUUAUUGACUAUGUACCCCAAGUAUGCCAACUGCUAACAAACAAGGUACAGUAUGUUAUUCAGGGAUACCAUAAGAGAAGAGAGUACAUUGCAGCUUUCCUGAGUCACUUUGGAACCGGUGUGGUGGAAUAUGAUGCAGAAGGCUUCACAAAGCUCACUCUGUUGCUGAUGUGGAAAGAUUUUUGCUUCCUUGUUCACGUUGACCUACCCCUGUACUUUCCACGAGACCAACCAACCCUAACGUUUCAGUCCGUCUACCACUUCACCAACAGUGGCCAGCUGUACUCCCAGGCCCAGAAGAAUUACCCUUACAGCCCGCGCUGGGAUGGCAAUGAAAUGGCCAAGAGAGCAAAGGCCUAUUUCAAGACAUUUGUCCCUCAGUUCCAGGAGGCAGCAUUUGCUAAUGGGAAGCUUUAGGCAGCCUCAGGCAUGGAAACGAUACUGAACAGAUCCUUCAGUGUCAGCCCACAAGAAGAAUGCCUGGAAAUGGGAUGGACUGUUGAUAUGUGCUUUCUUGCCUCUGAAGUGAUUUUGGUAGCUUCACUUUUUGAAACAAAGACCUCAGUAGCAUGCUUAGAACUGGAUAUUUGAUAUUUGUCCUGUCCCUUUGCCUCUGCCACCACCAUUCCUAUGUAUCUUCUGGAUUAAAUUUAAAAGGGCGUGUUUUGAUGUGAUAACACUUUCUUGUUCUAACAAAGUCCUGUAUGUUAUGCCUUGUUUCCUUGUCUUCAGAUGGUCUAAAUUGGAUUUUUUUUUCACCAUGGAAAUAUGAUGUAGUUUGUAUAUUUAGUUAAUGUUUUCAGCUUAUCCUAAGAAAACAUAAAACUGCCAUAUGUACCAGGAAUGCCUAGUGGACUGUACAGUGCCAUAGUCUACCUUGGAGGUUUGCGUCUCACUGUGGUCGUUACUCUCACAGGUAUGGACAUGAGUUGCACACUUCAAUUCUUAGUGCCUUUGCAGUUGGUCUGAAGUUGAAAUGGCAGGGUGUUUGAGGGUUGGGUUUUUUUUUUUAAUAUUUCUGUUGAAAGCUCAUCUUAUGUGAAAUGCUGUGCUUUUAUGCUUUGUUUUUAUUUCCAGUUGUAUAGUUUUGGUGUUUUACUAAUGAACUCCCCUUGCCAUUACAGAAAAGUUCUACUUCUUUAGUACCAAUGUGCAAGGAACUAGUUAUAUAAAUCAGUAUAACAAAAUAAAACUCUUUCAUAGAUCUGUAAUUUUUCCAAAUAAGAUAAAUACUGCUAAGAAGCAAGCUUUCAACAAGGGAAUGAAUGAUGUCUUGGAAAAUAACAUGAAAUAAUGUAGGGCUAUAGGUAUUUAGCUUAAUGCUUAAGUUCAGCAUGUCUUCUCAGAAAUAAUUUUAUGUGUAUAUAACUGGAAACAUUACCUCCCCUAAUUCUGAAAUGCCAAACACAAAAUCCCACCUACUCAUCCUUUCUUUCCUGCUUGUGUCAGGAGCACCAUUUGGGGCUAACUGUCACAAUGUCACUUCCCAAAUUAAUUUGUGAAUAGACCAGGGUACUUUCCAGUAAGGAAUAAAAUGAACAGUGUUUGUUGCUUAUAAAUGGCAUCUGGAAAAUGUGCCCUACUUCUGCAAAAUAUAAGGAACUAAAUGAAUAGUAUGCAGAUGA